AUGGCGAUCGAAACGGGAUUCACCUCCGCCUUGUCCUACCAGAACUGGCCCGCCAGCAUCUACAUCCUCCUCCUCUCCGUCCUCGCCCUCUUCAUCAAGAUACAAUGGCAACCGUCUUUCCCCAAGACUGCCCCGAAGCAGAUCAAGGAGGGGUACCCGCUCCUCGGCGCCCUGCGACUCUUCACGAAAAGGGCAGACUUCUGCAAUGACGCCCUCGCACAGUCCAAGACGGGCAACUUCAGCUUUUACUUCGGCAAGCACAGGCUCGUCGGGGUGUCGGGAAUCGAGGGAAGGAAGACGUUCUUUGAUUCCAAGGACAUGAACAUGUCAGAGGGCUACGCCGUAAUGUUCACCGCGUCGCCCCAGGUCGGCAAGCAAAACGAGCCCGGAGCUGCCAGCGAAUUCAGCCAGUGGUUCAGCAGGACAAUCACGAAGCUGAUGAAGAAGGAGAACUUCGUGCGCAACCUCAGGCUGCUCACCACCGACACCGCGACAGCGCUUGACGCCAUUGUCAAGCGCAACGGCGGGAACACAGGCAUUUUCGACCCGUUCGACGACAUCUACAAGAUCGUGUACCAGCUCACGAUGCGCACCGUCGGCGCGACCGAGAUCGCCGAGUCACCGCAGCUGAUGAACAGGACGCUGGGCUUGUUCGAGGAGAUCGAGGAGAACAUGAGCACUACGCGAAUCAUUUUUCCCUGGUUGCCGACCCUCGGCUACAUCAGGCAGACACUGGCGGGUGGCAAGCUCUAUGUGGUAUUCGACAAGAUCGCGAAGGAGAGGAAGAAGACGGGCAAGACGCAUGAGGAUGCCUUCCAGUUUCUGCUGGACACGGGCGAAGACAUGGUGCGGAUCUUGACUUUCACCCUGGGCGCCCUCUUCGCCGGCCAGCUCAACUCAGGCAUCAACGCCGGCUGGCUCUUCUGCUACCUGGCCACCAACCCAGAAUGGUACGGCCGCGUGCAAGCCGAAGUAGACGCCGCGAUCAAGAAGCACCGCACAUCGCCGUCCCAGACACCAGCCGAGGUUCUCGCGACCCUGUCCCUCGAGGACUGGGAGUCCGAGUUCCCCAUGAUCGACCUGUCCCUGCGCGAAUGCAUCCGGUUCCAGCUCGUAGGCACAGCCUUCCGCAAGAACAUCUCGGGCCGCGACGUGCCAAUCGGCAAGUCAGGCGAGGUGGUGCCGCGCGACGGCUUCGCCAUCUACCUGCUCGACGAGAUCCACUUCAACCCGGCCGUCUACACCAACCCCAACGAGUGGGACCCGUCCCGCUACCUGCCCGAGCGCGCCGAGGACAAGAAGGAGCCGCUCAGCUACCUCGGCUGGGGCGUCGGGAGGCACCCUUGCCUGGGCAUGCGGUUCGCCAAGCUCGAGAUGAGCAUCAUCGGCGCGCUGUUCGUGGCCAUGUUUGACUUUGAGCUGUGCGAUGAGAAGGGCGUCAAGAUGGACCGGGCGCCGUUCACGAGCCGCAACAGGCACUCGGCUGCUAAGCCUGACGAGCCGAUGCGGUUGAGGUACAAGGUGCGGCAGCACUGA